AUGAGCGCACAAGCCAGUCCAGUCCUGAGGGAAUACUACGCUCUAGUGCCACUUCGCGUCGCAGACGCUGGAACAAAGUCCGCUCCUCCUGUACUAGUGACUUGCCUUGUGGACUCCUUUGCGGCGGAGGCAACAUCGCGAGGCUUUCGCGGGCGGUCGCGCCGCGAACGCUGCGACAACCCUUAUUGCAGAGAUCAGCUGAGUUUCGUAAGAACGUCAUUCGACGGCUCCCGAGAGGAUGUCGUUGGUUACGAAUGUGAUUACCAUAAGAAAGUAAUUGAUCACUAUGAAAACCCUCGCAAUGUCGGAUCCUUGGAUAAGAACGACCCGUCUGUUGGGACGGGGAUCGUUGGUGCUCCUGCCUGUGGUGAUGUCAUGAAGUUGCAAAUAAAGGUUGAUGAAAACGGCAAGAUCGUCGAUGCUAAAUUCAAAACGUUCGGUUGCGGAUCUGCCAUCGCAUCGAGCAGUUUAGCUACAGAAUGGAUCAAUGGAAAAACAGUGGAAUACGCUGCAAAUAUAAAGAAUGAUCAAAUUGCAAAGGAGUUAUGCCUUCCACCCGUAAAACUCCAUUGUUCAAUGUUGGCUCAAGAUGCGAUCCAAGCAGCUUUGAACGAUUACAAGAAGAAGCAGGCGAAGAAGCCGAACGCUUCAAAGUAA